AGGUUCUGGUUGGUCAACACGACGGAAACUUACAGAACGCCCAUUAAACUUCAGGAACUACGAUUGCAAAGCCUUUCUGCAGCACUGCAAGUGGCUGUCGAGUAUAAACUAUGGAAGCUAAAUUAAAGAAGGAGUUAGGCACGACCCUGCUAAAGUCAACGGGCCACUCGGGAGGCGGAUGUAUCAGCGAGGGCCAGAGUUAUGAUACAGAUACUGGAAGAGUAUUUGUGAAGAUAAAUCACAAAAGCGAGGCUAAACAGAUGUUUGAUGGAGAGAUGGCCAGUUUGGAGGCGAUUUCAAAGACAGAAACUAUUAAGGUCCCCAAACCUAUGAAGGUGAUAGGACUUGACACAGGAGGAUGUGUCUUUGUGAUGGAGCAUCUGGACAUGAAAGGUCUGAGCAAGUAUUCAAAGCACCUUGGGGAGCAGCUUGCAGAUUUGCACCUUCAUAACAAGAAACAGCUGGAAAAACUAAACAAAGAGCAACAAACAGUGGGCAAAGGAGCUGGGCAGUCAGACGAUCCCGGGGUUGAAAAAUUCGGCUUCAGUGUACCUACAUGCUGUGGAUAUCUGCCACAGGUAAAAUGUUAUUGCAUGUGCUCAUUCUCACCAGCAGAGCCAUAUCAGCUUCAUUUGACCUUGCCUUUUUCUCAGGAAAAUCAGUGGCAGGAUGACUGGGUGACAUUUUACUCCCAGCAGAGGUUGCAGCACCAGCUUAAUAUGGUGGAACAAUCUUAUGGAGACAGAGAGGCCAGAGAACUAUGGGCUAAGCUCCAGCUGAAGAUCCCUCAGUUUUUUGCAGAUGUGGUGAUUGUCCCUGCUCUCCUUCAUGGAGACUUAUGGGGAGGCAACGUGGCGGAGUAUGCACAAGGCCCAGUGGUCUUUGACCCUGCUUCCUUUUAUGGCCAUUCAGAGUAUGAGCUGGGUAUAGCAGGGAUGUUCGGUGGCUUUAACAGCUCAUUUUAUUCUGCAUACCACGAGAAGAUUCCUAAAGCAGCAGGCUUUGCAAAAAGAAACCAGCUUUACCAACUCUUUCACUAUCUGAAUCACUGGAACCACUUUGGUGGAGGCUACAGAGGCUCUUCGAUAAGGAUCAUGAAGGACCUGCUAAAGUAAUUACAUUUAUAGCCUUGCAGUAAUCUUUACAGGCUUAAAUCCAAGUCAAGUAUUCUGUCUGAAGGCAUAACUUUAAUGACCAAAGCACUUAGUGACUAUUUAUUGUAGCAAAAUGUUUGGUGCUACAAUGAACAAUUCCUAACUUAAUUUUAGAUUUGUUAACACGGUAUACUGCUGUACAAGGCUAUACAACAUCCUCUAAAUUAUAAGUGUCAUCAAACUGACACACUUAAAUAAAAUGAAAAAUGAAAAAUGUUGCUGUAUUAGAAUAAAUACAUUUAGUAUUUUUGUCCACUGCUUAUCCA